AGCUGAACUGUUCACAUUGUACAUUCUCACUCUAAAUUUUCCGACAAAUUUCUUCUACACAUCCAAAUAAAUCGUAACAAGAAUUAUGUCUGUCAUUCAUCCCUCCAAAUUUAUCCUCGGUAGUUUCCUUUCUUCUAUACCAAUCUCGGCUCCUCCCAAAUUCAUCUGCUUUUCCACUCCACACGCUCCGCUGCUCCAGAAAUCCUAUCCAUGUUCAUGUUCCCACCAUGUCUCAAGCUUCCCAAGAAGAACCCAUGUCGUAGUUUCUUCAAAAUCACCUGAAGCGGAGGAGCUUCCGACCCAAGAAGAUGAAUGGCUCGAUAAGCUUCCGGAUAAGAACAAGCCCUUGUACUCUCACAGCUUACCUUGCAUUGAAGCGUGGCUCAGUAGCUUGGGAUUUCAGCAGAGCAGAGAGGACCGUGCUGUUUGGUUGGUGGAAAGGUCCGAUUGGCAUGCCCAAUUAUCUCUCGAUAUUACAGAUCUUUAUAUCAGGUACUUGAAGAGUGGACCUGGGAAUUUAGAAAGGGAUGUGGAGAGGAGAUUCAGUUAUGCAUUGAGCAGACAGGAUAUUGAAAAUGCAAUUCUUGGAGGACCAUAAAGACUACUUAAGAGCUUCUGCUUAUGCAUAACUUCAAAAAGAAAGAAAGAAAUCUCAAAUGGAAUUACAUAGGGUUGUUUCUGUAAUCAAAUGCCAGUCCUUCCUCCUCUUCUUGAACUUUGAGAGUUGUAACUUCUGCUACUUCCAUAUUUAUAAGAAUCUUAACCUGGGAUUCUUUUGCUUUAUGUCUAUGUUACCCUGUUUUGUCCUGUCAAAAACAAGACUGGAAAGUUUAUGCUGCAAUUUGAUUUGGCCUAAGUGCUUAUCUUU